UCGGAGGUCAUAUCUCCCUUUGAAUAAUUAGUCUUAAACUUCCGUGUCUAACAACCUCACUAUGGUAACCAUCACUAAUGAUUUCCUCGCGAUAUGUGGGCUGGCCGGUAACCAAAUACAAAACGGGAGUUCAGUUCAAAGUGAACCGCGUUGGUUUGAAUGGUUGAAGAAUAUUAUUUGAACAAAACACAGGGCAAAAUGUAUUAAAAAAGCUGAAGUCGUUUGCAGAUUGCCAGCGGAAUAUUGCAUCUAUAUGUUCCUUUCUUUUGAGAUCUUCACUUACAGUAAAUGAAGUUAGAGAUGCCUGCGGCACCUGUUCUUCAACCUGUCCUGAAAAUGAAAGUUGAUGAACUCUUUCUAAACUGGUUGAGUGAAACAACCACGCAGUUGAUGCUCAAGGAUUACCUCAAACGGAUCAAGAAUGGAGAGAGGUUUGAAUGUGGUGAUGGGGAUUUGAAAGACAACAGGCCUUUAGUUUGUAGUGAAAAUAAGAACAAUUUCAGAUCGAAGCAGAAGGUGACUGAUAAAGCAGUCACUUCUUUAAGUGCUUCUUCAAGUCCUCCCUCCCCCAUUACUACAGCACUACCAUCUGGUAACACUGGCAGUCCGAGGGUGGGUCAGAAUAGAGCAGUACGACGAUCAAUAGGUUCUAAACUGGCUCAAGUAAAGAAAGAGGAACCCUUAACACCAGCACUAAGUGAAAGCAUUCCAAAAUUUUACUUCCCUCGAGGACGGCCUAAACCAAAUAUCAACAUUGACGCUCUAAUUUCCAGGAUAGAGAAAACUUUUUCACAAUUCCCAAAUGAAAGGGCUACUCUGGAAGACAUGGGGAAGGUAGCCAAAGCCUGCGAGUGCCCACUCUACUGGAAAGCUCCAUUGUUCUAUGCCGCUGGUGGGGACAGAACAGGAUUUGUGUCGGUUCACAAAUUCAUUGCAAUGUGGAGAAAAAAAAUACAAACCUGCCAUGAUGAUGUAGCAAAGUUUGUCCAUCUUUUGGCCAAACCAAGCUGUAAUUAUCUAGAACAAGAGGACUUGAUUCCAUUCCUUCAGGAUGUGGUAAAUACACAUGCUGGUCUCACAUUUCUAAGGGAGGCAUCAGACUUUCAUUCUCGCUAUAUUACCACAGUUAUUCAGAGGAUAUUUUAUAAUGUAAACAGAUCAUGGACAGGAAAAAUCACUUGUUCAGAUCUCAGAAAAAGCAGUUUCUUGCAGAAUGUGGCAUUGCUGGAAGAGGAGGAGGAUGUUAAUCAGCUCACUGAGUAUUUCUCUUAUGAGCAUUUCUAUGUCAUUUACUGCAAGUUUUGGGAGCUAGACACAGACCAUGACCUUUACAUUGAUCAGAAAGACUUGUCCAGACACAAUGACCAUGCAUUAUCCCAUAAAAUGAUUGAAAGAAUAUUCUCUGGAGCAGUUACAAGAGGCAGAAAAGCUCAAAAGGAAAGAAAAAUGAGCUAUGCUGACUUUGUGUGGUUUCUAAUAUCUGAAGAGGACAAAAAGACAAAUACAAGCAUAGAGUACUGGUUCCGGUGUAUGGAUCUUGAUGGAGAUGGAGUGCUGUCUAUGUAUGAGCUUGAAUAUUUCUAUGAGGAGCAAUGCCAAAAGCUAGAGAACAUGGCCAUAGAACCACUACCUUUUGAAGAUUGCCUCUGCCAAAUGCUGGACCUUGUCAAACCAGAAUGUGAAGGCAAGAUUACCCUCCAUGACCUGAAGAAGUGCAAGUUGUCACAUAUAUUUUUUGAUACCUUUUUUAACAUUGAGAAGUAUUUGGACCAUGAGCAGAAAGAUCCAUUUUCAAGGGAUGGAGAGAAUGAAGGGCAAGAGAUUUCUGAUUGGGAGAGGUAUGCUGCAGAGGAAUAUGAAAUCCUGGUAGCUGAAGAAGCAGCCAACGAACAGUUUGAUGGCUAUGAAAAUGACCUUGACCCCAUAGACCGACAAAUCUCAAAUGAGUUAAACCUGCGAGGGGACAAGCGAUCUUUCUUCGAAAUACCCAACCCACACCCUAACAUCAAUUUGGAUGAAUAUGAGUAUGAAGAUGAUUUUGAAUGACCUCAUGCAUGUUCUACACUACAGGCAAUCUGCAGCAGGUCUGCGAUAACUGCAUAAACUAGUGUUCAGUGAGGCAUAAUAAUAUUUAGUCUCACUGAUCAGUAUGUAGCUUCUGGCCAUUUGUACUCAUCCUUGGGAAUCACAAACCUGGAUCAGCCAAAGACCUCCCAGAGGCAGUAACUGUAAUCAUUAACCAUGGAAAACAAAGGAAUCUCAUUGUUAGUGCAAAAAAUUAAAUAAAUAAUUAAUUAAUUAAUUAUGUAAUUUGUUCCUAGAACAAGCAAAAGUAAAAUAUAACAAGAAAUACAAUAUACAAUUAAAACUCCUCUACCUUUACCUACUUUAAUUUAGUAAGUUGUUAGGUACAUUACAGAGAAGAAAAGGUGUAAUAUAUGUAAAAAUUGGAACUUAAUCACAAUUUACUCAAUGGACGGGUGACGACUGGCCAGUAGUUUGAGUGAUGUAUUAUCUGUAAAUAGGAAUGCCUAUAGUAUUUAUUAUGCAAACUGGUGUGUGUGUGUGUGUGAGAGAGAAAGGGAGAGAGUGGUUGGUUGUGCAUAGAGUAUAAUCAAAUCAAAAUCACAGUUUUUAGAUGUUUAUUAUCUUCUUGGUUCACACUGCACUGAAACUUAAAUGCUUAGACAACGCUUGAAUGUGCACCAAGUAUAAAAGCAAUACAUUUGUCAUUUCUUUCAAAUUGGCUAUUACAACAUUCCAGAGAUAUUAACCAAACUAACUAUUACACAUAACAAUAACACGUUCAACACAAAAUAAAAUGAUAUAAUGGAUUUUGCUAAAAUUCUUAAGAACUAUCCGGGUGCCUAUUUAUUCAUGUGUUCCACUUGUAUGCAUUUACUCUUUUAAAAAAAAAAAAAAAAAAAAAAAAAAGUGUGCUUUGUAUUAUAUUAAUUUCAAUAAAUAAAAAAUAAAAAACAUGUAUUAAUCAGGGAUUCCUGAAAUGCACAAGGUUUGUGCUAAAGUAUGAAUUUAAUUGUAGAAGUUAU